AUGGAUGACGACGUGAAGUGUCCGCACUGCGGAUCCACUAAAUACCGGAACCCGUCGCUGAAGUUGAUGGUGAAUGUGUGCGGACACGCCUUAUGCGACCAAUGCGUGGAUCGGCUCUUCUCCAAAGGGUCGGCUCAAUGUCCGCAAAGUGACUGCAAUAUCGCCCUCCGGAGGACACACUUCAGAGUACAACUCUUCGACAACCCUUUGGUCGAGAAGGAGGUCUUCGAGAGAAGACGUGUUUUGAAACACUAUAACCGAAAAGAACAGGAUUUCGAUUCACUCGAAGAAUAUAACGAUUACUUAGAAGAAGUGGAGACCAUUGUCUUCAAUCUGACCAAUGAUAUCGAUCGAGUUGUCACCGAAAAGAAGUUGGAAACGUAUGCCAAAGAGAAUAGCGUUCAGAUCAGCAAAAACAGGUCCAGACUUAGCAAAGACGAGGAACUGAUCGAAGAACUCCUCGAACAGGAGAAACAGGAGUCCGUUCUUCGCAAUCAAUACUUUCUCAAUGAAGACAAAGAGAUGGUUAAAAACAAGGCCAGACUUCGCGAGUCAUUAGUCGACGAACUCAUGUUCUCUGAUCUUCCGGCCCAUCAAAUACUGGCCACUCAUGUGACAGAACAACGAUUGAACAGCGGUUCCAGUGAUGUGACCAAAAGUGCGAACAUAAUGUCAACGGCGCCUAAACCACAGACCAAAGUGUUUUCGACGGGUAUAACAAUCGGGAAGGGGUCCAGUAUUUUCGAGCCAAUCAGCAAACAAAGUGAGGCCAAGUUGUAUGCCUACGAAGCGCCUCAUCUCGACCUCAAUGGUCCCAAUUGUCCGCAACUGAAAGCACUUCAAACCGAUGUUGUCACCGAAAAGAAGUUGGAAACGUAUGCCAAAGAGAAUAGCGUUCAGAUCAGCAAAAACAGGUCCAGACUUAGCAAAGACGAGGAACUGAUCGAAGAACUUCUCGAACAGGAGAAACAGGAGUCCGUUCUUCGCAACCAAUACUUUCUCAAUGAAGACAAAGAGAUGGUUAAAAACAAAGCCAGACUUCGCGAGUCAUUAGUCGACGAACUCAUGUUCUCUGAUCUUCCGGCCCAUCAAAUACUGGCCACUCAUGUGACAGAACAACGACUAAACAGCGGUUCCAGUGAAGUGACCAAAAGUGCGAGCAUAAUGUCAUCGGCGCCUAAACCGCAGACCAAAGUGUUUUCGACGGGUAUAACAAUCGGGAAGGGGUCCAGUAUUUUCGAGCCCAUCAGCAAACAAAGUGAGGCCAAGUUGUAUGCCUACGAAGCGCCUCAUCUCGACCUCAAUGGUCCCAAUUGUCCGCAACUGAAAGCACUUCAAACCGAUGGUUAUCUCAAGAAUGUCAAGCCGUCGACCGCUGANAUCAGCAAACAAAGUGAGGCCAAGUUGUAUGCCUACGAAGCGCCUCAUCUCGACCUCAAUGGUCCCAAUUGUCCGCAACUGAAAGCACUUCAAACCGAUGGUUAUCUCAAGAAUGUCAAGCCGUCGACCGCUGAAGACUUGGCCGGAGGUUUUCUCGCUUACUAUCCCUGCCAUCGCGCCCUUCAGGAGUCCUUUUGUGGCCUUUAUUUCCAGCCAUAA